CUGAUAGUCAGAUUUUAUUGGUUAGGAGAGGCAGAAUCGCGUGGUGUGUCUCCGACGGACGUUGAGAGGGUUUUGUUUAAUUCUCUUUUCUCAUAAACCCUAAAAGAAAGGGUUUGCGUUGUGUUGGUGAUUAUGAGGAAGAGAGAGUUGAACAGUCUUGCCUCUCGCUCUCUCCAAUUCUUAAAACCAAAACCCUUUUCCACAUCUUCUUCGCAUCACCCUCUCCCAGGACUCCUUCCUCCUGAAGAAACUUCUCCGCUCGAUUCUUCCCCCGAUUUGUCGCAACACUACGCAUUCCUCCGCACCUCUUUGCUCAAUUCCGCCACCACCCAAACCUCUAACGACGCCCUAUCCAUCUCAAACGCAAUCAGAACCGGCUUUGGCGCCGAAACCCAAAAUUUCCUGAGGCAGUUCCGGGGUAGGUUAAGCGAACCUUUGGUUGUUGAGGUGAUGAAUCUCGUUAAACACCCCGAGUUCUGUGUCGAGUUUUUCCUCUGGGCGAGUCGCCAAAUCGGUUACUCCCACACUCCGGUGGUGUACAAUGCGCUAAUUGAGUUACUGUGUUGCAAUGCCGUUAAUAAUGAUAGAGUCUCUCACAAGUUCUUGAUGCAAAUCAGGGAUGAUGAUAGGGAGCUGCUUCGCAAGUUGCUCAAUUUUCUCAUUCAAAAGUGUUGCAGGAAUGGAAUGUGGAAUGUGGCAUUGGAAGAGCUGGGGAGGCUCAAGGAUUUUGGCUACAAGGCUUCUCCCACCACUUAUAAUGCUUUGAUUCAGGUUUUUCUUAGGGCUGAUAAGUUAGAUACUGCUUUUUUGGUUCAUAGAGAGAUGUCGAAUUCUGGGUUUCGUAUGGAUGGGUGUACUCUGGGUUGUUUUGCCUAUUCCCUCUGCAAAGCGGGAAGGUGUGGGGAUGCGCUGAGUUUGAUUGAGAAGGAGGAGUUUGUUCCUGAUACGGUUUUUUAUAAUAGGAUGGUUUCCGGGUUGUGUGAGGCUUCGCUUUUUCAAGAAGCUAUGGAUAUCUUGGAUCGAAUGCGGUCUAUUUCCUGCAUUCCCAAUGUUGUCACUUAUAGGAUUUUGCUCUCUGGUUGUUUGGGGAAAGGGCAGCUGGGCAGGUGCAAGAGAAUUCUUAGCAUGAUGAUGACUGAAGGCUGUUAUCCGAAUCGGGAGAUGUUUAAUACUCUUGUACAUGCUUAUUGUAAAUCAAGGGAUUACUCUUAUGCAUAUAAGUUGUUCAAGAAAAUGAUAAAAUGCGGGUGCCAGCCUGGCUAUUUGCUUUAUAAUAUAUUCAUUGGUAGUAUAUGUAGCAACGAGGAGCUGCCUGGCUCGGAUCUGUUGGAAUUGGCUGAAAAGGCUUAUAGUGAGAUGCUUGAUUUGGGGGUCGUGUUAAAUAAGGUCAAUGUCAGCAAUUUUGCGCGGUGUCUCUGUGGAGCUGGAAAGUUUGAUAAAGCCUUUGAGAUUAUAUGCGAAAUGAUGAGCAAGGGUUUUGUUCCCGAUGAUAGUACGUAUUCUAAAGUGAUUGGUUUUCUUUGUGAUGCCUCCAAGGUAGAGAAGGCUUUUUUGUUAUUCGAAGAAAUGAAAAAGAAUGGCAUUGUUCCCAGUGUGUAUACAUAUACUAUUUUAAUUGAUAGCUUUUGCAAAGCUGGCCUUAUUCAACAGGCUCGCAAUUGGUUUGAUGAAAUGUUAAGAGACAGUUGCACCCCAAAUGUGGUGACUUAUACUUCUCUUAUUCAUGCAUACCUGAAAGCAAGAAAGGUGUUUGAUGCAAAUAAACUAUUUGAGAUGAUGUUGCUUGAAGGUUGCAAGCCAAAUGUUGUUACAUAUACAGCUUUAAUUGAUGGUCAUUGUAAGGCUGGGCAGAUAGAUAAAGCUUGUCAGAUCUAUGCCAGAAUGCAAGGUGACAUAGAAUCCUCUGACAUUGACAUGUAUUUUAAGCUAGAUGACAACGAUUGUGAAACACCAAAUAUUAUUACAUAUGGGGCUUUGGUGGAUGGUUUAUGCAAAGCGAACAGGGUUGAAGAAGCCCGUGAAUUAUUGGAUACCAUGUCAGUUAAUGGUUGUGAGCCCAACCAAAUAGUGUAUGAUGCUCUUAUAGAUGGGUUUUGCAAGACUGGAAAGCUUGAAAAUGCACAAGAGGUGUUUGUGAAGAUGUCAGAGCGUGGAUACUGUCCAAAUUUGUAUACCUACAGCUCUCUAAUUAAUAGUCUAUUUAAAGAAAAAAGAUUGGAUCUUGUUUUGAAAGUGUUGUCCAAGAUGCUCGAGAAUUCUUGCACUCCCAAUGUUGUUAUUUACACAGACAUGAUUGAUGGCCUCUGUAAAGUUGGAAAGACAGAAGAAGCUUACAGGCUCAUGCUUAAAAUGGAAGAAGUGGGUUGUUAUCCAAAUGUUAUAACUUAUACUGCAAUGAUUGAUGGCUUUGGAAAAAUAGGAAAAAUUGAACAGUGCCUUGAGCUAUAUAGAGAUAUGUGCUCAAAGGGUUGUGCACCAAAUUUUAUAACCUAUAGGGUCUUGAUAAAUCAUUGUUGUUCCACUGGCCUUCUUGAUGAAGCACACAGACUUCUAGAUGAAAUGAAACAGACGUAUUGGCCAAGGCAUAUAUCAAGUUACCGUAAAAUUAUUGAGGGCUUUAACCGAGAGUUUAUAACCUCGAUUGGGCUUUUAGAUGAGCUGAGUGAGAAUGAAUCAGUGCCAGUUGAGUCUUUAUACAGAAUUUUGAUUGAUAAUUUUAUCAAGGCUGGAAGACUGGAAGGUGCAUUGAAUCUACUUGAAGAGAUUUCAUCAUCUCCAAGCCUUGCAGUUGCCAACAAAUAUCUAUAUACUUCUUUAAUUGAGAGUCUGUCACAUGCAAGUAAGGUUGAUAAAGCCUUUGAGCUUUAUGCAAGCAUGAUAAAUAAGAAUAUGGUUCCAGAGCUUAGCACAUUUGUCCACCUCAUCAAAGGCCUUACCAGGGUUGGUAAGUGGCAAGAAGCACUACAAUUAUCAGACAGCAUAUGCCAAAUGGAUAUCCACUGGCUUCAUGAAGAGGUACCAAUGCGAAUUAGUUUCUGAUGCACAGAACUGCAGAUUGAAUGGGAGUUCUGUAACUGAAGGAAAAUGACUGCUGGUAGGUUAGAAGAAAUGGUUAAAAGCUGAUGUGGGUUUUUGCAGUUCAGGUAAACAACAGUGAUAAUGGAAGCAGAAACAUGGGAUUUUGAAGAAAUCUCAAAAAGAUGUUCUCUGUAAUCCACCAAUCUCCAAGUUUCAAAAUCAUGUGUAUUUGUCCACCUUUGAUUACAUCAUGCCAGGGGUAAUGAUUUUAUGGCCUAUGAUCUAGCCUAUUUGAUUGACGCCAAGUACCUUGGCAGCUAAGCUUUUUGGGCCAUGUUUGAGAUGCAAGGAGCUGGGGAAGUAUCCUUGGUUUGAUUUUUUUGAAUCAUUUGAGAGACUGGCCAUGAGAAGGAAUGCACAAUGGUCUGGUAUUGUGCUCUUUUUACAGAAUAUGGUGUCUACAGGUGGACUUGCAUGGGUUAGAGUCAACACUCUUUCUGCAAGGCCUGGUCUUUAUAGAUUGACUUGGUGGUCAUGGGUUUUGGUCAUGGAAAAACAGCCUCUCCACUCUGUCCACCGCUCCAGACCUCACAAUGGGGGGAUUUUCAUGCACCAAACUGCCUUUUCGCUUGGUGGUGAAUAUAGAUAGAUUACAGUGUCAGGGUUUUUAAUUACCGUCAUCUCUCUAAUCUUUGUUUCAAGAGUUGUUUUCUUCCCUUUCGCUUCCUUUUGGCUGCCUUUGGAGGACUCCUCAACCUCCAUUUUGGUCCUCUCUUGACAAAUGGUGUUAUAUAAUUAAAAAAAAGGUGUCAAGAAAACAAUUCAGAAUAGGAUCAAAGGAAAUGCUUCUUCACUUUGGAAUAUGUCUAGUGCACAGAGGCUUCCUUGAAAGCUUGAGGCAGAGACAAUCACAUCAUGAUUUCUUUAUAAUGGAGUGCUCAAGCGAGUUUGUGAAUGGGGACCAAGCUUCAGUCAAUCUGGAGUGUAAUCAAUAUCAGAUAUGUUUUCUGGGGAUUUUUUCCUCUACUCGAGACUUGGGGGGAUGCAAUCACUGAAUCAUUGACCAUAUAAAGUGAUCAAGUUGAUGUACUUCUAAAACUACCUUGGCAAGUGAUCUUAUCAUUAGUUCAGCAUGAGCUGAUCUUGUGUAUCUACUACCAUUUUAAUUCAUUCUGUAAAAAUUCACGAGGAUCCUACUCCACACAUAUUCCACUUUUUGUCUGCCUUCGUAGAUUAAUUUCUUUUCUUUUGCUGGUAGGUGACACUCAUAAGACUUUUAUUUUACAAUCCUAUAUCCAAGAUUCUUAAAAAGGCAAAAACAGCUGUGGAUGUUGCAGAGGCAAAACUAUACCGUGUGCCUCCAAAUUCUUAAAACUUUUACUAUCUAUUAUUACUAAUUAAAGUACUUGUUUCUUCA